CCUAUACCCUUUGUGUUUGAAAAUGUCUUAGGGAGGGUCGCAGCUUUGGAGCCCCGGGUGUCCCUGACGAAAUCGCCGUUGCUCAGGGAGCUGCGGGUGCUGGAAAUGCACGAGGACCAUGGAGCCGGACCAGUUGACAUUCAGCGAUGUGGCCAUUGAUUUCUCUCCAGAUGAGUGGGAAUGCCUGGACCCUCCUCAGCAGAAUCUGUAUAGGGAUGUGAUGUUAGAGAACUACAGAAACCUGGUCUCUGUGGCUCUUUCUCAUCAUUGUACCCAGAACUUUUCACCAGAACAGAUCCUAAAAUAUUCCUUCAAAAAAGUGACUCAUGGAAGACCUGGAAGUUAUGGCCUUAAGAGUUUAAGAAAUUGGGCAAAUGUAGGUGAGAAUAAAGGUCAAGCAGCCUGCUGUGGUAGACGUAACCAGUGUGCGAUCACUAGCAAUAGCAAAGAUGUCAUUGACAACAGAGAUCAAGAGCAGAAAACAGCUGUGAAAAAAACCCAUGCUGGGACAAGUGCUUUUGAUGAGCCAUGUAUCUAUAAACAAAAAUAUCCACAGGACAUUGUUCAACAUAACUUUACUUUGAAAAGAAGUUUGGAAGAUCUGAAAGGGGGAUUAGUCUUUCACUCAAACAUUUCCAUAGACAAAGAAUUGAGAAACAGAGAACUGAUCUCUAAAAUUGAUCAAAUAGAGACUUCCUAUCCUGAAAGAUCCUUACUCUUCAGUCAGCAAGUAGAUCUUUCCUAUAGCCAAAUGCACAAUUGUGGACUGCUUACUACGGAUCCAUUAUUGCAUAGCCAAAAUCCAGAUACAGAUAUUUGGAAAACCACAUAUAUGUGUAAAGAAACUAGCAAAGCUUUCAAUAAUGGCUCUACACUAAAUAAUUGCAAGGAUAUGGUUAUUGUAGAGAAAUCUGGUCAGUGUAGCAAAGUGCAUAAUAACUUUGACCAUGACUCAAGUUCCAACAAACAUGAGUGUACUCUGUUUCCAAAGAACCUUUUCAAUUGUGAAAAUUUAUUUACUCAGUGCUCAGAGUUUACCAUCCAUCAAUGUAACUAUAUUCAAGAUAAUCAUUACAAGCGUAUUGAUUGUGACACAACAGUUAACCAAACCGCAAACCUUACUACACAUAAAAUUCAGAAGGCCCAGAAAUCCUACAGAUGUAAUGAAUGUGGCAAAGCCUUUAAGUAUUGCUCAAGUUACAAUAAACACAGCAUAAUUCACACGGGAGAAAAACCCUACAAGUGUAAAAUAUGUGGGAAAUCCUUUACACAGUGUGCAAGCCUUAAAAAACAUCAGAGAAUUCACACUGGAGAGAAACCCUACAAAUGUGAAGAAUGUGGCAGAAGCUUUAAUCAUUGCUCAAUUCUUAGUCAGCACCAGAGAAUUCAUACUGGAGAGAAACCCUACAAAUGUAAGCAAUGUGGGAAAUCCUUUACCCAGUGUGCAAGCCUUAGAAAACACCAGGUAAUCCACACUGGAGAGAAGCCCUACAGGUGUGCAGAAUGUGGCAAAGCUUUUACCCAAAGCUCAACACUUAGUGAACACCAGAGAAUUCAUACUGGAGAGAAACCUUACAAAUGUGAACCAUGUGGAAAGUCUUUUACCCAAUGUUCAAGUCUUAGAAAACACCAGAGAAUUCACACUGGAGAGAAACCCUACAAAUGUGAAGAAUGUGGCAAAGCCUUUAACUGCCGUUCAUCUUUUACUAAACACCGGAGAAUUCACACAGGAGAGAAACCUUACAAAUGUAAGGAGUGUGGCAAAGCUUUCAUCCAUUGUACAAACCUCACUCAACACCAGAGAAUCCAUACAGGAGAGAAACCGUACAAAUGUAGUGAGUGUGGAAAAUGCUUUAGUCAGUGUUCAAACCUUAGAAAACAUCAGCGAAUUCAUACAUGAGUGAAACCAACAAAUGUAAAGAAUGUAGUAAAUCCUUUACCCAUAGUCAAAAACCUGUUUAAUGUCAUAAUUCAAAGUGGGGAUGAGUCCGACAGAAGCAGUGAAUGUAGCAAAGUCUAUGACUUAUCAUUCACAAGGUUCUCAGUAUCAGAAAAUUAAUUCUUCCUGUGAGAAACCAUACAAAUAUGAACAAUACCAAAUCCUUAAAUGUUUAUAAUUCUUUACUAGGCACCACCAUCACUUUAGAAACACUAAUGAUAUUUUUUAAUGUGGAAAAAUCUAAAUUGUUGCUCAUCUCUUACUGAACAUUGAAUUCACAUGGGAGACAAAAACUAGCAAAUAUUCAGAACCUGGCAAAGCCUGUAUAGCUCUUCAACUCUCACUAAGCACAAAAAUUCACCCCGGGGCAAACCCUACAAGUGUAGAAAAAGUGCCAAAGACUUCUACCAUUUUGCACACUUUAACACCAGAGUUUAUACUGGAGUGAAACACUAUAAAUAUACCAAGUGUGUCAACACCUUUAAAUCAAGAUACAAAGUUUUUCUAAUAUCAGAGAACAUAGUAGAAUUUUCAACUUUGUUCCCAAUGCACAAGGGUAAAUAAUGUGGGAAAACCCUUUGUUGUUGCUUCAAAUUUACUAGAUAAUAGUUGAUCUGGUAGAAAAAACACAGCUCAGAAGAAUAGUACCAACAACUCACUUCUCAGAAUAUAUGAAUGUAUUACAUAUUAAAAGUUUCUAAAUACGCUCACUCAUGAAAACUGGAAAAAGCAACAUUCUCACAUGUCAGAAGAACAAGACUCAUUUCUGAGUGUAAUGAGUUUUUUUCCAAAGACUAUACAACAAACACACUUUCCUUAUUAGAGAUAAAGUUCUAGGUGACAAAUACUACUAAUAUAUUACUGGGUAAACAAUGGAAUGUUGUUCAUUUCCCUCAGGAUGUUUUUCCUAAAUGGAUAAAAUGUGACAGGCUGAUAGGUUUCAGAGUACUGUGGACUGAACCUGCUGUCUGCUCAAGAUAGGGAGAGAAAACUACUCUUGAGGUUCUCAUGCAGUGCCAGCCUCUGACUGUGACUAGCUCCAAUACAGGCAUCUCCUUGCUGAACAUCCAGUCCUUGUUAGACAGAGUAAAGGCCACACACUAAGGAUAAGAGCAAUUCUGAGGUCUUGGUGUUUCUUGGACAAACCAAAGUACCAACAUGGCAGCUCAAUAAAAAAUAGUUGCUGCUAUUACUAUCUGAAGUCAAUUAUCAGAGUAGACAGGCUCAGUCCACUGCAAAAUAUAGGCAUAUGACUGUUCUGGAUUAAUGCCACAUGCAAGAUUAACUAAUAUACUAUGGUGCCAUUUACCUAACCAGGAAACCAGAAAGGACCACACAUUCCAAAGUGUCCACAAAGGAAGGAUGCCAGGGCAGCACAAGCACCUGACUCUACUAGCCCAGGUAGUUUUGGCUAGGUGAGAGGUGCGAGUUGUUUUGAAAUGUAAAAAGCCACCUGCUUGAAAUUUCAACUGACCUUUUCUCACAGCAAUACAGCGAGCAUCAGAGCCA